AGGAGAUGUUUCCGUGUUCACCAGUCCUGCUGAGAAACGGCUGACUCAGCAAAUGUUAGAAUCUCCUGGAAAGACAGUAUGCACAGAUCCAAUCCUUUGGUGGUGAUGGAGGAGGAGGAGGAGGAGUUGGACACACGUUGCACAUUCUCCAAACAAAUACCCGACAACCUUUCUGGAUUUGUCAGAAUGCUAUGGAUAGUGAAUCAAACAUCCCUUCUGGAACAGUACAGAGCGGGAAGAAAGGUUUGCAGAAUAAGAGUCAGUUUAGGACCAUUGCACCGAAAAUUGUGCCCAAAGUCCUAACAUCCAAAGUGCUGCCAUGUCAUUCACCAUCACUCUCUGAUCAAGUGAAUCCAGGACCCUCCAUCAACUCCAAGCCACUGGGGAUGCUUCCUCAGAACUAUGCUCUGAUGCAGGUUGCUGGCCAGGAAGGGACAUUUUCUCUUGUCGCCUUGCCACAUGUUGCCUCAGCUCGACCAUUCCAGAAACCCAGAAUGCCCCUGCCUGAAAACCUUAAACUGCCUAUUCCUCGAUAUCAACCCCCCAAAAUUAACAAAGGAUCAAGGAAGAAACACAUCCUGAGAUCUCCUGAGAGUGACUGUAGCAAACCUCCUGCCCAAACCCAAACGUGUCCUCAGAUGUCCCCUUCCCCACCCCACCACCCUGAACUCCUGCACAAAUGUGAUCCAUUCAGGCAAGUGCCACCACUAGACCAAGCCCCAGCCAGCGUCAGCAUGGCUACACUGACCAAUGGAGAUUGUCACGGAGAUUCAAAACUGCCUAUGACCAACAACCAUGUAGAUCUAAACCCUCAUGCCACCCCAACAUUGUCCACACCAGAGGAGCCCCGUGCCAAGCAGGGCCUCACAAAGAUUUCAGGGAAAGCAAACUUUGCAAGCCAGAAAAUAUUCAGUAAACCUGCUGCUAUUGUCAGUGAAAAACUUAAGGAACAAAUUGAUCUUGCGAAAGCCAUGACCAUUUUAUCACCAGCUGUUUUUGGCAAUGCAGUUCAGUUGAUCCCGUCAGUCCCCAAAGGUAAACUGCCAAUCUUACCCUACUCAAGAAUAAAAACAACAGAGGUUUGCAAAAUUGAAUCAGAUGCUAACAUUGCAGAUUUUUCCUUGCCAGGACAUGGGCCAGACUGUGAUAACAUAUUUUCCAUCACAGAAGACUUUAAUGCAGCCACCAAAGUGGCCAGCAAGGUGCCUGUUCCACACGUGUCAAAGUACAGCCCUUGUGAAAGUACCUUCUGUCCAGCCACCAAACUAGAUUUCAAUCACAAAUCAAAACUGAAUGGUGAGGCAGCAAAGAGAAGAGGAAGAAAACAGAAGGUACCAGAGGAAAUUUUGGCAUUUCAGGGGAAAAGGAGGAAAUGUGUCAUUAAUAAGCGUAAAGAUGGUAAAGAAAGAGUAAAAAAUGAUCCCCAAGAAUCCAGAGACCAAAAAUAUGGGGCCAUGAAAAAAUAUCGUAGCAUUAUGCCCAAACCUGUCAUUGUCAUGCCCACUUUGGGUCUGCUGGCUUCUCCUGCAUCUGUGCUACAAUCUCCAAUGCCCAAUGGCCUAGGACAAGACAUUUUGUUAAAUAAUUCACUCACUUCUAAAUAUCUUGGCUGUAAGCAGGACAUCAGCCCUUCCCCUAAGCCCAGUUCAGUGUUCAGAAACAGAUCUUCUGGUAUUAAGAAGCCUUGUCACAGAUGUCACAUCUGUAACCACCAUUUCCAGUUCAAACGUCACCUUCGAGACCACAUGAAUACGCACACGAACAGACGGCCUUACAGUUGUCGGAUUUGUCGCAAGGCCUAUGUACGUUCUGGCAGCCUGAGCACUCACAUGAAACUUCAUCACAGUGAGAACCGUCUGAAGAAACUCAUGUGUUGUGAGUUUUGUGCAAAAGUGUUCGGUCAUGUGCGAGUCUAUUUUGGCCAUCUGAAAGAAGUGCAUAGGGUCGUGAUCAGCAAUGAACCCUCACCCAGUGACCCGCAGCCAGGGGACAUGCCAAAGAACAGAGACGAUAGUGUGCAUGAGCUGGAGGGAUCAUUGGAGAGGUGAGUACUAAUGGAGUCAAAGCCUAGCAAGAAAGUCUGUUUUGAUUUGGGGAAAAGGGGAAGAUUUCAAAAAGAAGAGUUUAUAAAACAUCUCUCGGAUUAAGAUUUCACAAGAUAGCUCCCUGUUCCGUUUAGCUUUAUGAAGAGUGAUCUCAUUUCUCUUUGGUUUCUGAUCAGUCAUAAUUUUCAAUUACUCUAACCCAUGCAAGCCAGGGCAUAAAUACCAGUUCGAGGUGUUCUGGGGACAGUUGGGUGAGAGAAGAUUAUUUUUGCAUCUGAAAAUGAAAUAGUAAGUUAUUGUAUGAGGGUAUUUCAAAAAGUACAUGGAGAGAUUUGUAUUACCUUUCAAUUCUGUUUUUCUGUGAACUUUUUGAAGUACCUUUCUAUGUAGUUCCUGUUAGUCUUUACAAGUAAUUUUUCCCAAAAUUAUGUCCACAGAAUUUAUAUCUAAAUAACAUCAUUGGCCUCAGAACAUGGCAUGACCCGUGGUGGGGUCUCGGGGUAGGUCAGCUGUAUUGACCAUCCCCUGAGGUGCCCAGACCUA